GCCUGAGACUUGACCCGAGGAAUCUGCUGCCUUUAUUGUUGCUGUCUCAGGAGAGUCAGGGCGGGGGGCACAGAGACCCUCUCCUUUUUCAUGUUGACCUUCGGUUCCAGAACUUCAGAGCUAACUGACUGGCACAGAUCCCAGUAGAGGCAGGGUGGGGGAGUGAGGAGCAGAGAACUAAACUAUGCUGGCUUCUGAGGCUAAAAGUGAAAAUCAGCUGCUGACUAGAAAUCCCCCCCAAAGAGGACUGAGUCAGCUGGAGGUUCAGAGCAAACACUUAGCCCUUGCUCCAUCCAGGAGCCCAGAGAAAUCUCUGAAGUUUUCUAACUUGCAAAAGUUCCUUUGUUUCUGCUCGUCAAGCCCCAGACUCCCAUGGCUGGAAGGACGGAGUUUGUUGACCUAAAACACCACCCCUUUCCUCCUGAGGAACAAAGAUGAAGGCUCCUGGAGCCACUUUAACCCAUUAACUCACCCACCCUCUGCCCAGAGUCAGGUAUGGGAGGGGGGAGGGAGAGAUGUGGUAGUGUGGGAAAGUUCUGCUUAUAUCCAGAGAAGGUGCAGCCCCAGAAGCCAAGACUAUGGAGACAGCUACAGUAGUCCGGAAGGAGCUGGAGGAUGGGGAAUUCCUGAGGAUGGGCCCAAGGGGGCCUGGCUCCCUGGGGAAGUGGGAAUACUAGGGGCUGACCCUGUACCUCGGUAUCCUAAACCUCACCAAAUAGCCUUUCCCAGGAAGAGAUCUUCAGGCUGCUGGGUUGGGGCACCAGCCCAAAAGGGGAAACUAAGGCAGGCCUCACCUCCCAAGAGGGUCAUUGCAACAUGAGACCCAAGAGAGCUGCCAGGCAACUCCAGCCCCGCCUACUGUUCCUGGGUAUUAAUCCCCAAUCCCCAGCUUGACCACUCAGGGGAGGAGAUUGGUUGAGGAGCUUGAAGAGGGGGCGUCACCACUAUCCCUCCCAAAGCUUAAAUAGGGGUUCAAACAAGAAAGCUAGGUGCUUGGGAAAAGUGCUCUCUUUCACGGGCUCCCUGAACCAGACCAUGACCCAGACUCUCAAGCUCGCCUCCAGAAUGUUUCAUCGUGUCCACCGUGCUCCCAAGCUGAGCGCCUCACUGGGUUCCAGAGGCUCCGACUCCGCGCCCAGGAGCUUGGCGGACAUCCCAGGCCCAUCCACGCCCGUCUUCCUUGCUGAACUUUUCUGCAAGGGAGGUCUGUCGCGGCUACACGAGCUGCAGGUGCAGGGCGUCGCGCGCUUCGGUCCCGUGUGGUUGGCCAGCUUUGGGAAGGUGCGCACUGUGUACGUGGCGGCCCCUACACUCAUCGAGCAGCUCUUGCGACAGGAGGGUCCCCGGCCCGAGCGCUGCAGCUUCUCACCCUGGGCAGAGCACCGUCGCCGCCGCCAGCGGGCUUGCGGACUGCUCACCGCGGAAGGCGAAGAAUGGCAGAGGCUCCGCAGCCUCCUGGCCCCGCUGCUCCUCCGGCCUCAAGCUGCCGCCCGCUACGCCGGAACCCUAGACGACGUGGUCCAUGACCUUGUGCGGCGUCUUCGGCGCCAGCGGGGACGCGGCGCUGGGCCGCCCGCUCUGGUUCGGGAUGUGGCAGGAGAGUUUUACAAGUUUGGACUAGAAGGGAUAGCCGCCGUGCUCCUGGGUUCACGCCUGGGCUGCCUGGAGGCCGAAGUGCCUCCAGACACAGAGACCUUCAUCCGCGCGGUGGGAUCGGUAUUUGUGUCCACGCUGCUGACCAUGGCGAUGCCUAGCUGGCUUCACCGCCUCGUGCCCGGACCCUGGGGCCGCCUCUGCCGAGACUGGGACCACAUGUUUGCAUUUGCCCAGCAGCACGUGGAGCGGCGAGAGGCCGAGGUAGCCUUGAGGAGCAAGGGAAAGCCUGAGGAGGACGUGGGAUCUGGGGCACACCUGACCUACUUCCUGUUCCGGGAAGAGUUGCCUGCCCCGUCCAUCCUGGGCAAUGUGACAGAGCUGCUACUGGCCGGAGUGGACACAGUAUCCAAUACACUCUCCUGGGCUCUAUAUGAACUCUCUCGGCACCCGGAAGUCCAGACAGCACUCUACUCUGAGAUCACAGCUGCCCUGGGCCCUGGCUCCAAUGCCCAUCCUUCAGCUACUGCUCUAUCCCAGCUGCCCCUGCUGAAGGCGGUGGUCAAGGAAGUGCUAAGACUAUACCCUGUGGUACCUGGAAAUUCCCGUGUCCCAGACAAAGACAUUUGUGUGGGUGACUAUAUUAUCCCCAAAAAUACGCUGGUCACACUGUGUCAUUAUGCCACUUCAAGGGAUCCUGCCCAGUUCCCAGAGCCAAAUUCUUUUCGUCCAGCUCGCUGGCUGGGGGAAGGUCCAGCCCCCCACCCAUUCGCAUCUCUUCCCUUUGGCUUUGGCAAACGCAGCUGCAUGGGGAGACGCCUCGCAGAGCUUGAACUGCAAAUGGCUUUGGCUCAGAUCUUGACCCACUUUGAGGUGCAGCCUGAGCCCGGUGCUGCCCCAGUCAGACCCAUGACCCGGACUGUCCUGGUACCGGAGAGGAGCAUUAACCUACAGUUUGUGGACAGAUAGUCCUGUGGAUGGAGGCUGUCAUCAUCACGCUUUCUCUCAUUGCAGGGAUCUGUCAGGCACAAGACCAAGAGAUAUGUAUUCCCCCUGAAACCUGUCUAUCUGACCAGACUGGUUAAAGGGAUCAUAGCAAACUGUUUGAGGCAGCCCUGACCAAGGUGUGAAGUAGGCAUUGGCCUCACCCAUCAGGCCCUGAGAAAACCAUGAUCCUUGUGUCUGCUCAUCCUUUCUUCUGGUCAUAUCAUAGGUACCCUUCAAGGGCCAACUCAAAUUUUAACUAAUAAUGUUGGGUGGCCUGGGGAAGGACUCAACCACUGCCCUUUUGGGGCUUCUACAGUGUUUAGGAGCUGCUGGCUAAGCACUUAUCACCACGUGAGCUAAGUGAUUGUGCAUCUGGUCUGCACCUGGCUCCUUGCAUGUGAGCUCUUUGAGAGGAAGAAUGAGACCUUAUUCAGUCUUUAUAUCCCCUGCCAAGGCCUAUCCCUGAUUGGGUGACUCCAUACAGGUUCUCAGAUUGAAUCUGGACCAUGUGGCAGAAGGGAUAAGCAGCUUAUCAGGCUCUGUCUACUCUCUUCCUUCCUCAUCUUGCCCCUACCAAGGAGAGUGUGCCCUCACCUGGUUUAUGAUGUUUUAAAACUCUCCUUGACUCUCUAAUCACUAUUAGGAGUUGGCUUGUCCCACCAUUUAGUUCCCAGACAGAGACGUCUUUGGGCCUGUACCUGCCUACACCUUCCUAUCAUAUGUGGAAUUUUUUAAUAUUCAUAGUUUUGAAAUAAAAGAAUCGAAUGUUUCAUCCUUGA